AAGAAAACCCAAAUAGUUUUUUUUUUUUUUUUUAAUGUCAUUCUGUGUGACCCGCGAGCUGACCCAAACCAUGACGAUACGGGUCGGGUUGGGGUCAACCCAGUUCACGCAACGUUUAUCUUCACGGAUCGGAACAUAUAUUUUUCAGUCACAGAAUAGAAGAGAGAAUUGGUCCCUGUGGAGUGUAGGCUGUAAUCAGUAAUCAGUAAUCAGUGAAUCUUCAGUUGAAACAUAGAUACCCAGACUUGAGAAAAUCGGAAGAAACUGCCCUUCACUAUUCUAUUUAAGUAUUAACCACAUCCCCCCUUCAUUCAUUAUAUCUCGUCACCACUGCAUAAUCCGCUACUUAUUUCAAGUGAAGAAUUCGAGGGCUUUUGUCAUGCAAUCUUCUUUGGAGAAUUCAGUACUCGAUAUGUUCUUGAAAACAAUUUUAUGAUAGCUCAUAUCAUUGUCUACUAUCAACAACAGCUAUAGACCACCCAACAACGGCUGUAAACCACCAAUGGAUGUCAAUAGUGGUUAAAGUGAUGGUAUGGGUUAGGGUUAGUAUAUGACGGCAUAAUACUAGUUCAACGCAAGAACUAUAGACUCUCACAGCCUAAAACCAUGAGACCUUGUGGGACUUUGUGGGGUUGAGGUCUGGUUAUGGCUCAAUCACCCAAUCCAACCAGAGAGUGUCUGCUCUUUCUUUUUGCAUAUUUAUGUAUCAAUUCUUCUCCUUCAAUUCCACUUCCCAGUAAAAUUAUCACAGACAAUAUAGCAAGAUAAUGAUCCAAUUGACAUGUUCUUUCAGCACCAUUUUCUUCACUCAGAGCUCUCAAAGAUUUUCCAAUCCUUGUCAAGAACCAAACAACUGCAUGCUUUAAUCAUAAGGACCCACCUCUCUUGUGAUCCAUUUUAUGCAACUAGAAUAGUGAGGUUCUAUGCUAUCAAUAAUGAUAUUCAUUCUGCUCAUAACCUGUUCAAAAAAACUCCCCAACAAAGUGUGUUUCUUUGGAAUUCAAUUAUUCGAGCAUAUGCACAAGCCCAAAACUUUUGUGAAGCACAAUCUCUCUUUAAGAUGAUGCUCAGAACUGAAACUAGACCUGAUUGUUUUACUUAUGCUUGUAUUAUACGUGCGUGCUCUGAGAACUUUAAUUUAGGUGCAUUAAGACUUGUUCACGGAGGAGUAAUAGUUUCAGGGUUAGGGUUGGAUUCCAUUUGUGGUAGUGCAUUUGUGACUGCUUAUUCUAAGUUGGGCCUUGUUGAUGAAGCCAGUGUGGUGUUUCAUGGGAUACCUGAGCCGGAUUUGGUUAUGUGGAAUUCUAUGAUUUCUGGUUAUGGCUGCCAUGGAUUUUGGGAUAAAGGGCUACAGCUGUUCAGUAGAAUGAGAAAUGAGGGGACGCAGCCAGAUGGAUAUACGAUAGUUGGGUUGCUUUCAGGUUUAGCAUAUUCCAGCUUGCUGAGUAUUGGCCAAGGAAUACAUGGUUUUUGCUUGAAAAGUGGUUUUGAUUUUAAUGCUCACGUAGGUAGUGUACUUGUGAGCAUGUACUCUAGGUGUAAGUGCAUGAAUUCCGCAUAUAGAGUUUUCAGUAAUUUAUCCCAGCUAGAUUUAGUUACAUGGUCUGCUUUGAUAACUGGAUAUUCUCAAUCUGGAGAUUAUGAGAAGGCAUUGUUUUUCUUCAAGAAACUCAAUAUGCAGGGCAAGAUGGCAGAUCCCAUUCUAAUUGCCAGUGUGCUAGCAGCUGUAGCUCAAUUUGCAAAUGUAGGGCCUGGUUGCGAGAUACACAGUUAUGUACUUAGACAUGGAUUUGAAUCGGAUGUAAUGGUCUCCUCUUCUCUAAUAGAUAUGUAUUUGAAGUGUGGUUUUGUGGGCUUGGGUAUUCGUGUAUUUGAGAUUAUGCCAGAGAGGAAUAUAGUUUCUUAUAAUUCUGUAAUUUCAGGCCUUGGUUUGAAUGGACUUGCCUCCCAGGCCUUUGAAAUGUUUGAAGAGAUACUAGAGAAAGGAUUAUUACCUGAUGAAUCUACUUUCUCUGCACUCCUUUGUGCUUGCUGCCAUGGCGGCCUCGUCAAAGAUGGCCGGGAAAUUUUCAGACGAAUGAAAGAUGAAUUUUGCAUUCAAGCUAGAACUGAGCAUUAUGUUUACAUGGUAAAACUCCUUGGGAUGGAUGGUGAGUUAGAAGAGGCUUACAAUCUUAUCCUAUCUUUGCCAGAACCAGUAGAUUGUGGCAUAUGGGGAGCCCUUUUAUCAUGCUGUGAUGCUUGUGGAAAUUCAGAGCUGGCAGAAAUUGUUGCUCAGCAGCUUUUUGAUGAUUCUCCUGAGAAAAGUGCUUAUAGAAUCAUGCUUUCUAAAAUAUAUGCUGGCAAUGGGAGGUGGGAUGAUGUGCAGAAGGUGAGGAGUGAUAUGACAAGAGAUCUGAGGAAAAUGCCUGGUGUUAGCUGGAUUGAAGCCAGUGGCAAUCAACUGUUGGAAAGAUGUAUAAAUUCUUGAUCAAAUCUUCUAUAAAUCAUCUUGUGGAAACAUCUGUGGAUAAACACACUGUGUUGGAAAAAGCUCUUAAACACAGUGAGCCCUUCUGAGUCAAGCUAGCUCUGAGUCUUUUUCUAAGGACUUUUCUUUUUUGAGUUUUCUAAGGUGAAACUGACUCCAAAAAAGGAAAAACACACAAAUUACCUGGUUGAAGAUAUGUUUUGCUUCUAAUACAAGCUCCAAGGGCCUGCAUCUUCACAUUAGAGAGAAAUCUCUCACUGAGAUUCUCUUCAGCCACAUACAUCACUCCAAAGAGGUUACCUAUUUCUCCUGGAAUGCCACCAUAGGCAUGUAAUCCAAAAGGAUCAGGAUGCUCUCAGUCUCCUAUUCCUGAUGGCAGCUCCGUGUUAGUAUGCUUAAUUCCCUUGGAAUCGUCUUCUGGCAAACCUCUGUUGUGAAAACAGCAUUUGUUCUACAUUGACCAUGCAUGUAACAAGUUUUUAUCUUCAAUAGCACAUUCCAAUUUGUUAGUUGCUUCACUAUGUAAUGAUUGCGAAGGGAUCUCCUGUUUUUGUUUGUAUACUACAAGAGAAUAUACAUGUACUUGUGAGAUUGUGUCUUCAUAUGUUUAUGCAGAAGAAAUGAGAUUUGAAUUUA